AUGGUACUAGAAUCAACACUGUUGGAUAGGGUAAACGGCGAGCGCAACCCCGACGAAGUAUACAAGGACUUCCGAGCUGCCGUACUCCAAAUCCUGGGCACCACAGAAGACCAGUCCACGAUGAACGGCGUCAGCGGCGUCGGAGUCGGGGCUGGUGGUAUACCUGGAGAGAUCGUUGGAGUAGAACCAGCGCCUGCACAAGAGAGGAAUAGGAGAGAAGAGAACGUGGUACCUGCUGUGGUGCCUGUAGCUUUGCCUGUGAUGCCGGCGAUGCCUGUGAUGCCAGCUGCGCCGGCGCCUGUGAAGGAGGUUUCUGAAAGACUGGUUUCGCCAAAGCCUGAAGUGAUAAGAGUCCGUGGAGAGACGACCACGCCGCCGCUGCUGUGGGUGGUGGGCGGCCCUGGCAGUAACAAGGCGACGCUCUGCCAGCGAGCAGUCGCCCAGAGGCAGGGAUGGACGCAUUAUAGCUUAGGCCAGCGUCUGCGCAGCCUAGCAGACGCGGGCGGUAGACCAGCAUCAGACGGCGCCCUCGCCCGCUCCGCCAUCAGCGGCGGUGAGCUGGCUCCCAAGGAGCUGGUCAGCAAGCUGGUGAGGAAUGCCGUGGGGGAUGCCGGGAGAAUGGGCCAUGGGUUGGUGCUGGAUGGAUAUCCUAGGGAUAUGGAGCAGAUGGAGCAGUUUCAGACUGAGUUCCGCAUAUCCCCUCGCAUGGUACUCCUGGACUGCUCCAAGCUGCAACUAGGGCGAGGCAGACGCGACGACUCGGUGGCUGCCUUCCGACGGAGGCUCGAGGUCUUCCGGGAGCUCAGUCUGCCGAUGCUGAAGAGCUUGGACCAGGAUCAUCGGCUGGUUAUUGUGGACGGCGACACGGAUUCUCCAGAAGUGCAGGCGGAGUUCUCCCGCGUGCUGCUGGAAGAGAUGGAGAAAGCUGAAGCGUUGGCCGCCAUGCCCCCACAAGAACCGCCCAAGAAAGAAGUAUCAAGCAUGCAGCAGUUCGCGACAGCGGUGUCUCGUAUGGGCGGCGCGCUGGCCAACGGGCACGCCAACGGUGCCGUGCCGAAUGGGAACGCGCACAAUGGAGUGGGGAAUGGAUUCAUUGGGAUCACUGGGAAUAAGGUAAAACCCCUUCUGAACAACGUGUCAAAGAUCCCGACAGUGUCGCAGAUGACACACGACGACGUCCGCGCCCUCUAUGAGCAGGGCACCGGAGAGAUAACACUGAACACACACAUUUAAACUAUUUGCCUAGCCAGGUGAUUAGUCAGCGAGCUAAAUGGAUGAUGAUGUGUAAAGUUGCUGUUUUUAUAGUUAAAAAUACAGAUAUAAUUUAUGUCAGAAAUGUUAUGUUGCAGAAAAAUAAAAAUAAGCCACAUUUUAAAACAGACAGUAAGCAAUUUAAAUUUGAAGAAAGUGAGGCAAAUCAAUUUAUGAUUUUGAGAUAGAUAAAAGAACAACUUCUCUUGUCAACGGUUAUUAAAAUUUGUCAAUAUGUGGCUUAUUGCCGUGUCAAUUUUGGCGCCCGAACAGGGACAACAAUACCAAUAUGUAAGCCAGUAGGUAUCUACAAUUAAAUUGACUAUUGAAUUCAUGCUUUUCAUAACACGUCGUAUGUCCUUAAAACAACUACAAACUAUUAAAUAAAAGGUAAAAAACAUUAAGAUAAUUGAAAAAAUAUUGUAUUAAAUAACUAAUAAACUAUAUAAAGCAACGACACACAAAAACAGUGCUAACUAUUGAUAUAAAAUAUCAAUAAGACGGACUCUUCGAGAGCAGUGAAAGUGCCGAAUAAGAUAGAUUUAGAUUUAACAUUAAAAUAUCAUACAAAAAACUGGGAUAUAAAUUAUUAUUACAUUUUAGAAGUAAGGAAAAAUUUAAUCUGUAAGAAAAAUAAUUUAAAGUUAAAAUUAAAAGACUUGACUAAGUUUGAUUUAGUCGACGUUAAUCACUAAUUUACAUCUUUACAGAAAUAUAAAAAAUUACAUAAUAAAACUUUAAGGCCCGGUUUCACUGGUUAGGGUCCGUUCAGAUAGACCGGGUCGGAGAGCAUCGGCGCGCAUUUUUCUUUUCACACAGACCGGAGCCGAUCGGCUGCGCGAGCAUUAAAGAGCAUGCAAACGGAGCCAAAUGUCAAGAAAAAAUACACGAUCGGAGCCGGUCGGCUCCUCUUAUAAUUUCCCACCGAGCGCAUUCGAGCAUUCUCAAUGACAAAAGCAGUGAGCAUGCAAAAAUAAACCUUACUUCAAAUACUAAGUACUCAAUUUUCAACGUGUUAAGAAUUUGCUCUGCUCUCCGAGCCGGUCUGUCUGAACGGGCCCUUACCGACAAAGCGCCAGUUGGUUAUCUGAUAGUUAAUGCUAUCUGCCAGAUAAAGGCUGCUUAUAGUUUCUGCCAGAUUCAAAACCUGUGAAACCAAAACAUAUAGUUCAGUGAAGUUCUUAAUAGGCUUUCAGAGACUUUAUCAGUAUAACCGGUGAAAUUGUCAGUUAUUAAUUUAGUGACUGACUAUUUAAAAAUAACGGACUACAAAAUCCAAAAUGGCCGGUCACUGGUCAGUGAUGAAGUCGACAAACCAAAUUCAGUCGUAGUCAGCACAAAAAUAUAAGAUAUAAAACACGUUUAUUAUAAUAUAUUUUAUAUCCAAAAUAUUUUGUAAAAACGACGCACACACAUAUGUAAGAAGUGCCUUAGUUUAAGAUCCGUAGCUAUUUUUAGAGCAAUUUAAAAAACAUACUGUAGUACUUACUAUUAUUAAUUUACCUAAUUAGUUUUUAAGAAAAAUCUUUUUAAAACAAUAAAUUGUUUAAAUGAAAAAAAUAUUACACCUUAUAUCAAGUUUGGUGUAAUUACCUAUGUUUAGUUUAUUUUAAUUAAAAUUUAAGUACUUAUAGAUUUUUUUAAAUCGAAUCUUUGAAAGCAAACUUGUUCUCAAUAUUUAAUUAAGUUGAAACUUUUAUGGUCCAAUCGAAACAACAAGUCAUCGAAGUUAACAGCGUUUACAGUCUAGCGGAUUUUCUGCGCGGAAUGUGUCGCACGUUAAAAAAACUAGCUGAAAAUCCGCUCGUGUGAAAACGCUGUAAAUGUCAAAUGUACGAACGCACCCCGCUUUUGAAAUUGUUGAGAAGUAUUCCAAAAGGACAAAAAGAUGACGUGGAGAUCAAUUCAAGAUUGAAAAUCUAAAAAACUAUUGAGAAAGCCUGGAUAUUCAAGUGGUUAAAUAACCAAAAAAGUUGAUAGCAAGUUUGCUUUUUUACAAAAUAUAGCGUGCAUCACACACACACGUACAAAAUAUAGAUUUAGUUAGUCUAUAACUUAGUUAGACUAAGUCACGUAGUUAGUAUCACUAAAGGGGCCAACUUAGAUUUAGUAAAUAGAAAAAUAUUUAGAAUAUAUUUAUUGUAGAUAGAUAAUAUUUUCACUCGUAACUUUAUCGAGCACUUUUUAUAUGAAAUGUCAUAAUUGUGAAAAAAUUAGAAUAUUUAUACAUUUACGUUAGAAUACUCAUAUGAAAUGAAAAAUUAAUAAUAAUAUUUUUGACGCUACUGCGCACAUUGAAGUGACAAAGAUGGCAUUAAAAAUGGCCGCUCGAAACUAAAUGUCAUGUUGACAUUUGGGUAAAAGUCAUAUUAUUAUCUGCAAGUUUAUAGGUACUCAAUUUGAAGA